AUGGGUUGCAUCUACAAAAUAAAUAUAAAGAAGAACAGAGGAGUAUGAUCGAUUUAAGAAGUCUAUUCAAAAAAAAAUUACUAGCUGUAUAAGUUUCCCAUAUUUUUCUGUUUUGUAUUGUUUCAUAAAAAUAGUAUUUUGUGUGUUUUAAUGUAACUUUACUACUUAUGUAUCCAUUUUACUGAUAUUAAUUAAAAUAACUACUACAUAUAUUAAUAUUAUUUAAUGUAUAUUAUAUAUUAAAGUAUGAUUAUUUUUAUUAUUAAAACGUGUGAAAACUCCAAACUACCUUCUUUGUGAAACACUCAAGACUUGACUUGAAACAUAUCCAUCUCUAUAUUGACUUGGGCAUUUAAUAUCUAAAUCAGAAGAAGCAUAAUUAUAUAGAAAAAAACUUUAAUUUCGUUAUAUGUGUUUUAAUGACUAAAUUGUUUCUAAAUAAUGUUUUUCGCUGUUAAAGAAGUCGCCACCUAAACAAGCCAAUAUAGUUACCCCAUUCAAAUUGUUAUUUUCAACACAAUUCUAGUCACAAGCUUAUUAUAAAAACUGGUUAUCAUGUUACCUCUCCUAAAAAAUUAAUUUCUUUGGCUUAAUUGAAAGUUUUUUAGCGUCUAACCAUAUUGAAACCAAAAUACCAUCAAGACACUAGAAAUUGGAAGAUUGCAUGCCCCUAGUUUCAAAAGAGGGAGAGAGAGAGAGAGUGUGUGUGUGUGUGUGUGUGAGAGAGAGAGAGAGAGAGAGAGAGGUGUUUGUGUGUGUGUGUGUGAGAGAGAGAGAGAGAGAGAGAGAGAGACGGAUAUAGAGAGAGAUAGCUAUUUGGCUUAGACGUGAGAUUAUUGGAAAACAAUAGUAUUGUAGCAUAACAAAAAGGGUAAGAGUAUAAACUGGUCUGAUCAGUUAUGUCAUGACCUAAAAAGUCCACUAGUUAUUUAUUAUUAAUGUUGUUUAUCUCAUCGGUUUCAGCUUUGUUUUACUUUUGAAAACAUGUAAUUCAAUUUAUUAUAAAACUCCAAAGACGUUUCUUAACCUUCUUUCCAUUCAAUAUAAAUAGUCAAAGGAUUGUACUAUCUGCUCAUCAAUCAAAACACAAACUCGAAGAAGACACAUAUAUUUGGAGAAAUAUAUCUUCUUUUUUUGCUUAUCUCAUAAUGUCUAUAAAACAAGUUUUUUUUUAUGGCGGUUGUGUGUAUUGUAGUCUCUGCCAAUUCUCAACUACCCCAGUUUCCCAUCCCAUUUCCUUUUCCACUCCCAUUCCAACCAAGUCCCGGUAUUCCCGGAUUACCUGAUGUAGCAAAAUGUUGGUUUUCAGUGAUGGAUAUUCCAGGAUGCAUUAUAGAGAUUUAAACAUCCAUAGUCACAGGACAAUUCGGACAUAUAGGUUCUUCUUGUUGCAAAGCCUUUUUGGAAGCCGAAGCCAAUUGCUUACCGAAACUUCCAUUUAACCCACUUUUUCCUCUCAAAGAACAAUGUUCAAGAAUUGCUAACGCAGCUCCUCCUACCACAAAAUAGAGUUUUACAUUAAUAGAAGUAAUAGCUAUGUCGUUUUCAUUUUUCAAGGUAUUUUAACAUUUUAGCUAAAUUCUACGAUGUUAUCCUCCAAAAAUACGAUUAUAUAAACAACAUUUUAGAAGUAAAAAACUUUUUCCAGCAUAUCCUUCUAUAUUAACGAUGCGGUUCAUGCGUGUGGAGAUUCUAAACUAAUCUUACUUAUAAAACAUACUUAAAUUAUACAACAAACUAAAACUAUACAAUUUUUUUUAUAUUUGGGAAAGUACAUGGGUUGCAUCUACAAAAUAAAUAUAAAGAAGAACAGUAGAGUAUGAACGAUUUAAGAAAUCUAUUCAAAAACAAUUUACUAGCUGUAUAAGUUUCCCAUAUUUUUUCUGUUUUGUAUUGUUUCAUAAAAAUAGUAUUUUGUGUGUUUUAAUGUAACUUUACUACUUAUGUAUCCAUUUUACUGAUAUUAAUUACAAUAACUACUACAUAUAUUAAUAUAUUUAAUGUAUAUUAUAUAUUAAAGUAUGAUUAUUUUUAUUAUUAAAACGUGUGAAAACUCCAAACUACCUUCUUCGUGAAACACUCAAGACUUGACUUGAAACAUAUCUAUCUCUAUAUUGACUUGAGCAUUUAAUAUCUAAAUCAGAAGAAGCAUAGUUAUAUAGAAAAAAACUUUAAUUUCGUUAUAUGUGUUUAAUGACUAAAUUGUUUGUAAAUAAUGUUUUCGCUGUUAAAGAAGUCGCCACCUAAAAAAGCCAAUAUAGUUAGCCCGUUUAAAUUGUUAUUUUCAACACAAUUCUAGUCACAAGCUUAUUAUGAAAACUGGUUAUUAUGUUACCUCUCCAAAAAAAAUAAUUUCUUUGGCUUAAUGAAAAGUUUUUUAGCGUUUAACCAUAUAGAAAACCAAAAUACCAUCAAGACACUAGAAAUUGGAAGAUUGCAUACCCCUAGUUUCAAAAGAGGGAGGGAGAGAGAGAGAGUGUGUGUGUGUGUGUGUGAGAGAGAGAGAGAGAGAGGGAGAGAGAGACGGAUAUAGAGAGAGAUAGCUAUUUGGCUUAGACGUGAGAUUAUUGGAAAACAAUAGUAUUGUAGCAUAACAAAAAGGGUAAGAGUAUAAACUGGUCUGAUCAGUAAUGUCAUGACCUAAAAAGUCCACUAGUUAAUUAUUAUUAAUGUUGUUUAUCUCAUCUGUUUCAGCUUUGUUUUACUUUUGAAAACAGGUAAUUCAAUUUAUUAUAAAAGUCCAAAGACGUUUCUUAACCUUCUUUCCAUUCAAUAUAAAUAGUCAAAGGAUUGUACUAUCUGCUCAUCAAUCAAAACACAAACUCGAAAAAGACACAUAUAUUUGGAGAAAUAUUUCUUCUUUUUUUGCUUAUCUCAUAAUGUUUAUAAAACAAGUUUUUUUCUUUAUGGCGGUUGUGUGUAUUGUAGUCUCUGCCAAUUCUCAACUACCCCAGUUUCCCAUCCCAUUUCCUUUUCCACUCCCAUUCCAACCAAGUCCCGGUAUUCCCGGAUUACCUGAUUUAGCAAAAUGUUGGUUUUCAGUGAUGGAUAUUCCAGGAUGCAUUAUAGAGAUUUACACAUCCAUACUCACAGGACAAUUCGGACAUAUAGGUUCUUCUUGUUGCAAAGCCUUUUUGGAAGCCGAAGCCAAUUGCUUACCGAAACUUCCAUUCAACCCACUUUUUCCUCUCAAAGAACAAUGUUCAAGAAUUGCUAACGCAGCUCCUCCUACCACAAAAUAGAGUUUUACAUUAAUAGAAGUAAUAGCUAUGUCGUUUU